CUGCGAACUGCUCAGACACAAAUUGUCUUAUGCAACUAACCAGGCCUCAGCUCACCAACAGGAAUCCUAAACAGCAUAGGACCAUGAAGGAGAGAAACAAAACUACAGAUCGAUAAAUCCACCUGAACAGAGCACCAGCUUUUUACAGAUCCAGCUUCCAUACACACUGAGCCAAUCUUUACUGAUCUUUUUGUUAUUUCAUCCUUUUGGGGUCUUUUUGUGACUUGCUAGUAUCCCGGUUACAACUUCGCCCUGCCACCUCUGAAAGGAAAGUCUAUUCAGGCUACAAAAGACAAUUGAAACUUGAAUUCCCUAGAAAGAGAAGUGUUAUAACAAGAGCUCUACCAUUCCAAUCCGGAGUGUUCUAAUCUAGUGUUCUAGCCUGAGCGGAGGUAGUUUCAGUGCCUGAGGAUGCUGAACCUAAACUCCUCGGACAGCAACACUAACAGCAACUGUAGCUCCCUGUUGGACCCCGUGUCUCUCAACGUUGGCGGUGAGAUCUACACUACGACCCUGGACACUCUGACGCGCUACCGAGACUCCAUGCUGGGCGCCAUGUUCACUGGACAGAUCUCCACGCUUAGGGACGAACGCGGAAACGUUUUCAUCGACCGCGACGGGAAGGUUUUCCGCUAUAUCCUGAACUUCCUGCGUUCCAGCUCCCUGGACCUGCCGGAGGGGUUCUCUGAGAUGAGACUGCUGAGGAGGGAAGCAGAUUUCUUCCAGAUACGCCCCCUACUGGAUGAGAUACAGCGGCACAUUGAGACUGGAGCGCUCAGCCUGAGAGAUGCACCCAGAAGAGCCAUGCUGCUGGUGGAUGUGGACUGCCAGGUGCACAUGCUACACUUCAAUCUACGGCGUGCUCCAGAGAACUACGAACUCCGCACAUGCUCAGUGCGCAUCCUCACCGCCAAAAUCUUCUGUACCUGGCGUGCCUUCCUGGUUCUCCUCUGUGAGCGUUUCUCCUACCGCACCACCCAGGGUCCUACCUCCCCCCUCCCCAGUGACCAGCGCCACAACCGUCUCAAAUUAGAGUGGGUUCCCCAGCCAGACGAACUUCCCCAGGACCAGUAUGAGAAACAGCGGUACAGAGGACUCGUCGUCUCAGACUCUUGGGCCACACAGACCCACUUUGGUGACCUCUGUGAUGUCAUCAUCCCGCGCCGCAGCCCCUGUGAGGUCAAAGACAUGCACAGGUUUUUGGAGGAGCUGCUGACGGUGUCUCUGGCAGAGGGUUUUAGGGUUGACUCAGUGACCCCUGACUCCAUGGACGUUUUGAACUGCCGUACUCUGCAGCUUGUACGGUAGUGAUGUAGCUCAUUCCAGCUCACAACUGAACCACCAGUUAUGGACUUACUCAGACUAAAAUAACAAAGGACACCCUACAAUGUUUACAACCUACUGCACAUGACUGCUUAUGGAUGGUCAAUAACUAGCAGACUUUACUAACACUGUAAAGUUCAAAGGUCGCUCUAUGAUGUUUACAAUCCUCUCUUUGGUGUGAAGCUGAGACUGAUCCUGCCAUCUGAACCCUCUAACGAACUCUAACCUUGGUAGCCCUUGCAGUGGAGCAGACUGUUCCAGACAUGUUGUAGUCUAAACUGUAGGGUAGGCCUACAUCUGGUUUUACAGAAUAGACCCUGUCCCCAACAAUAAGGAAUGGUUGUCAGUUCAUCCUGUUGAUGAUCAGUGCAAUUCUUAAAGAGGCAGAGAGAGACGGAGACUGGGAGUGUGAUAGACUGAGUAUCUGUGAGAGAGUGUGCUGCACUGGUAGGAGGGGUGAUCCGAACAUUCCAAAGAGCAGGUACAUUUGCUGGUAUUGUUUUGUAAAAUAGUGUUAGAGAUAACUGUGUAACAAACUGACCAGUCUGUAGAGUUGUUUACAGCACAUCAAGUACACUUUAAUAAACACUAUUAAAUGAAAGGUAUUACUCCCUGAACCCCUAUCAGUCAGACUGGUGCAAGUUCCUUUCUGGUAGGCGGAAGGGGAAUAAGAUGUGUAAUUUUUGAAUGGAGGAAGGAAGGAAGGCGGGGAAAGAUGAGUAUGGGAGAAUAUGGGAAUAUGGAGGACUGUAGUGCCCAAAAACAGGUUUUAGCAUGGGCAGCACCAUUGAGGACUUUCACCAUUUUUAUGUAGUCAACUGGGUGGGACUUCUUAUGGGUUAAGGAAAGAUCACAUGAUUCCAUCUGGGUCAUCAGGAGGGAUCAGCCAAUUAAUUAUA